UUUGAGUUGAAAAUGGGAAGAGAAAUUGUACACCUUCAAACUGGUCAGUGUGGUAACCAAAUUGGUGCCAAAUUCUGGGAAGUUAUCGGUGAAGAACACGGUCUUGACGGCGCUGGUAACUACCACGGCAACGUCUCAGAACAACUCGAGCGUAUCAACGUCUACUACAAUGAAGCCCAAACUGGAAGAUACGUACCACGUGCUGUCCUCGUUGAUCUUGAACCUGGUACCAUGGACGCAAUCAAAUCAUCACCACUCGGUGAUCUUUUCAGACCAGACAACAUGGUCCACGGUCAAUCAGGUGCCGGUAACAACUGGGCUAAGGGUCACUACACUGAAGGUGCAGAACUUGUUGACUCAGUCCUUGAUGUCGUCCGUAAGGAAGCUGAAGGAUGUGACUGUCUUCAAGGUUUCCAAAUCACCCACUCUCUUGGUGGUGGUACCGGUUCUGGUAUGGGUACUCUCUUAGUUUCAAAGAUCAGAGAAGAAUUCCCAGACCGUAUGAUGGCCACCUUCUCAGUCGUUCCAUCACCAAAGGUCUCAGACACAGUUGUUGAACCAUACAACGCUGUCUUGUCUGUUAACCAAUUGGUUGAAAACUCAGAUGAAACAUUCUGUAUUGAUAACGAAGCACUCUACGACAUUUGUUUCAGAACUCUUAAGCUUUCUACACCAACUUACGGUGACCUCAACCACUUGGUUUCUAUUGUUAUGUCAGGUAUCACCACCUGUCUUCGUUUCCCAGGUCAAUUGAACUCAGAUUUGAGAAAAUUAGCAGUAAACUUAGUUCCAUUCCCACGUCUUCACUUCUUCAUGUUGGGUUACGCUCCAUUGACAGCUAGAGGAUCACAACAAUACAGAGCUGUCAGCGUUCCAGAACUUACUCAACAAAUGUUCGACGCAAGAAACAUGAUGGCUGCAUCUGACCCAAGAUCAGGUAGAUACUUGACCGUCGCCGCAUACUUCCGUGGUAAGGUCUCAAUGAAGGAAGUUGAAGAUCAAAUGCACAACAUCCAAAACAAGAACUCAGAUUACUUCGUUGAAUGGAUUCCAAACAACGUACAAACUGCACUCUGUAACAUUGCACCAAAGGGAUCAAAGAUGUCAGCAACUUUCAUUGCAAACACAACCGCUAUUCAAGACUUAUUCAAGCGUGUACACGAUCAAUUCAGUGCUAUGUUCCGUAGAAAGGCUUUCUUGCACUGGUACACCGGUGAAGGUAUGGAUGAAAUGGAAUUCACUGAAGCAGAAUCCAAUAUGCAAGAUCUUAUUUCAGAAUAUCAACAAUAUGAGGCAGCUGGUAUUGACGAAGAUAUUGAAGAAGAAUACAUUGAAGAAGGUGCUGAAGAGUACAUUGAAGAGCAAUAAAUAUCUCAUUGAGCUACCGAACACUUCUCUUCCCAUCUUUCCACUCAUCCUUCAAAAAUAAUAAAUCCAACUAAUAUAAUAACUUCUUCUUUUUGUUCGUUUUAAUGAAUAAAUACCCAUUCCGCUCG